UUUUUUUUAAUCGUUCAUGUGUAUGUCCUCUGUUGGUUUUUAAUCGCGUCUGACCCUUAGCUGCUCCUGCAGCUGAGAGCAGAAUGUAGGCCAUGCUCCUCUGGCCGUUAUUUUGCGUAUGUUACGUCUGACGUCAGCGCGUCUGCUGGCCGAAUGUUUACAUCCAGCAGUGCUUCUGUUCUUCUGACUGGAUCUUCACAACAACAAACGGCUGAACACAAGGAAUCCCGCUAAGACAGAGCAUAUCAGUCGGCAUUUUCCCAAGUCAACAUGGGGGGAGCUGUAAGUGCUGGUGAGGACAAUGACGACUUGAUUGACAACCUGAAGGAGGCGUACUACAUCCGCUCAGACCUGGUGGAGCGGGCUUUCCGAGCUAUCGACCGGGCUGACUAUUACCUGGAUGAAUACCGGGACAAUGCUUACAAGGACUUGGCUUGGCGGCAUGGAAACAUCCACCUAUCUGCUCCGUGUAUCUACUCUGAGGUGAUGGAGGCUUUGGAUCUCCACCCUUGCCUCUCCUUCCUCAACCUCGGGAGUGGGACUGGCUACCUCAGCACCAUGGUCGGCCUCAUAUUGGGACCAUUUGGAGUGAAUCAUGGGAUAGAGUUACAUGCAGAUGUGAUUGAGUAUGCUUAUCAGAAGCUCGACUCCUUCAUCAAAACCAGCGACAGCUUCGACAAAUUUGAAUUCUGUGAGCCAUCCUUUGUUGUGGGUAACUGCCUGGAGAUUCCUCUAGAGAGCCGCCAGUAUGACAGGGUGUACUGCGGGGCCGGGGUGCAGAAGGAGCAUGAGGAUUACAUGAAGAGUCUGCUCAAGGUGGGGGGCAUCCUGGUGAUGCCUCUCGAGGAAAAGUUGACCAAGAUCACGCGCACGGGCCUGAACAGCUGGGAGACCAAAAAGAUCAUUUCUGUGUCCUUUGCUCCUCUGGUGCUCCCUAAACACAUCACGAAUGGCAAACCCAAGACUGUCCCACUACCCAAGUAUGAGGUCCGGACGUUACAGGAGCUGGCCCGUAUCUGCAUCCGCCACACCCUCCGAGUGACCACCGACGGAGGAGACAGCCAAUCGCGCGGCCGCGGUUCCUCGUUCAGCGUAGGCAGGGGCCUGGCGGUGGCCGGCCUCCAUAAAUACGGCCCUCGCUUCAAGCGCAGGCGCGUCCACCGGCGCCACUGCAACGCCCUGGUCCUGGCCACGCGUCAGGUGGUGGCCAGCAGUGGCUUCGGCCCUGCUCCCCCGGACAGCAACAACAACCAGGGAGGAAGAGCGGAGGAUGAGGAGGAGGAUGCGGCGGCGGGAGAGAGGGAGACGAGGCGGCAGAUGAGAGGGAGCAGGAGGGCGGGGAGAGGAGCAGGAGGGACGACUGCGGCGGUGGUGGAGGAGGAUGAGACGGUGGAGGAAGAAGACGAAGAUGAAGAGCAUGAGGAGGAAGAGGAAAAGGAGACCGGGGAGCUGCUCCGACCCCAGCCGGCCGUCAACGUCCUCAGAGAGAGGAUACUGGGCCUGCCGCUGCCUGAGCCACUGAAGAUGUACCUGCUGUACUACAGAGAGAAAUGAGCCACGGCUGCGUUCUGAGUCAGAGCUUGGAGCUGAGUGCAAUGACUCAGCAGGCUGAAGUCUCUGUUACAACCCCGACACCACCUGUACAAGGCAGGACUAGGGCUGGGUACCGAAUUCAAUACUUGUUAGCCACCAACCGAAUUGCCUCUGUAGUAUCGAAAAAUGCCUCGUCAUUCAAUACCAAAUUUCAAUACUUAAGGAAAAAAUCUCAUCGGCAUCAGUGAGCCAAUAAGCAUGCAGGAUUGUUCCACUUACAUCUAAUAAUGCUGCUGAUUGGCUGUUUAACGUUACACGUCGUGAGGCAUGCGGGAAAAACUCUGUUACGCACAGAGACGGGGCUCACGUAGUAGGAGCUGAAAAAGUAAUAAAAAGAUUUGUGCUGCAAUGUCGCAAUUUAUUUUUGUUAAAAUGGAUUUUUAUGAAAUUGGAAUCAAAAACAGUUUUGCCCGGGAACCGGUACUGAAGUCACGGUAAUGGUAUUGGUACCGAUAUUGAAGAUUUUUGAAUGAUACCCAGCCCUAGGCAGGACAACAUGCCACCUACCUUACUGGGGGGAGGAGGGGGGGAGGGGGACCUCUUUCUCUCUCACCUGCUCUUGUCUUCUCCUUCAUCCAUUCUCUUUCCAACUCCCUCUUUUUGCCUGGCUCCCACUGUUCUUUACUGACUCAUUUCCUGACACUAUAAAAGAGUCAGUUCAAUUCAUCCAGUGGAGGUGGAGGGGACAUUGGGGGUCAAUUUUUCAGACAACCAAACAGUCACUGAUGGAAGCUCUGUGUCUCCAUUGAGAUGCAAAGAAAUUUAAUUAGAUUUAAAUACGUAAAGCAUACACAGAUAAUGGAUUUGCUCUGCAUCUCUGUAUAUCCAACGUGCCAAUCAAGCCUUGCCUAACAGCUUAGCAGUGGCCUGAGUAUCUACAGCGGGUAAAAGGUGAUUUGGCGGUGCUGAAAAAAGAGACCCGUCAUUGUUUAGGCUACAGUACAGAGUUCAGAGCAACUGGCAGAGAGGGCAGCUUACCCAGAGACCAGAAGACAUAGGACUGUCCCAGCUCUUUUCUGUCCACCACUUGCAGCUGUGCUACGAGUUAGAGAUUAUACAUUGAUUGUACGAGUCGCUCCGCAAACGGUGGAUCUAAGAGGGAUGGUCUACUUCUAGAAAGGAAGACAGAUUGGGCCCAAAGGUCAACUUUAUUAGGAAAGAAAAUGCAUUCAAAGAGAGAUUUCUCUUUCUCUCUUUUCUUAUAUUGUAGCUAGAGCUAGUGACCAAGAUGGUGUGAUGGUUGCCAUUUAUUUCCACUAAUUUUCAAAUAAAAGGGGGAACUUUGUCUUGAACCCUUACUCCAUAUAAAUACUUUAUCUUUUCCAAGGCUUGAUUGUACGAUUAAAAGUCCAUACUUGUCUAACUGUCCUGAAUCCUUACAUGUGUCUCCAAAGGACCGUCUCUGUGUUUUCUCUACAUCCCAUCAGAUUCUAACAGAAAGAAUGACCAUAAAAGUUCACAUACUUACUAUUAUUCCAAUUUACAUAAAUAAACCAGCAUGAUUAAACACAUAACUAAUGAUUUAGAUGAGUGACAGGGCGCAGGUGUUUCUUUCACUAUCAAUGGUUGUUUUUGUUUUGGGUGCGUGCGGGUUCUUUUAAAUUUUGAGACUUGAAGUGGUGUGUACAUAUGCAAUUAUACGUUUUGUGAAUCAUAAACACGAAGAUACUUUGAAAAGUAAAAGGAGUAUCUUUUAUCA